CAGUUCAAAUUUGCUUUCUAUUUGCUUAAAUUUCCUACUGAAUGGAGCGUGCUUGAUUUUGCAGAGCAGUGUGAAAGGGACAAGGCUCGUGUUUUAGUGCACUGCAUGUCAGGGAAAAAUAGGUCGCCGGCUAUUGUAAUAGCUUAUUUGAUGAAAUCCAGAGGAUGGAGACUUGCCCAGUGUUACCAGUGGGUGAAAGAACGGAGACCAUCGGUUGAAUUAAGUGAAGCUAACUACCGGCAACUGCAGGAGUAUGAGGAGAAGAUCUUUGGAUCAGCUGGUAGUGGCAACCCAACCUUGCCAGCCUUCCCACCAGUAGUAGCUGCACCUUCGUUCAGCUUUGGAUUCCCAAGAGUUAAUGAUUCAGUUCCUAUCCCUACAUUUAACAAUGUUGGCACGACCUCCAUUUUUUCCCGGCCUACCCUAGAUAUUCCUCCACUUGAGUUUACAUUUGGAGCCAGCCAGGCUCGAAAUGAUAUCUCCGGGAGCACUUUUGGUGCGAGUCCACCAAAUUCAAACACAAGUGAUAUUUCAAUGGAUAGUACUUGAAUAUCCUGUUUUUGAAAACCCCUUUUGCGGAUCAACUGUGGAGCAAAGUAUCCUGACUCCGAUGAGUUUUAUUAAUAUCUGGAUGUAAAUUGGGAGUGACUGCUCAUACUACAGUGUAUAAGAUUUGACAGGGUGAUAAGGAUGUUUGUUUUUCUUUUCUCUAGUUUAAGUUUUGUAAGUGGAACUAUUUUUUUCAUUCACGCAUGGCCUAAUACAAAGUUAUCUUCAC